AUGGCGAGUAAUAACAGCAAUGGAGAAGAAAUAGAAAGUUCGGAUGAAAAUGAGAUUUCGUCUGGCAGGGGUGUGGGAGGACGCAAGUAUAGACCGGUAUUUGCUCAUGACCACGACCGAGCUGUGCUUGAGAUGUCGUCAAUCGAUCCUGGUGAUGCAUCUUCGUCGUCUUCGUUACCUGUUCGGAACGAUCUCAAAAAAAUUAAAGUGGGCAUGCAGCCAGUUAUGACUUCUGAAGGAAAAGAUGGAGCAUUGCCGAAUCAUGAUGGUGUUAAUGGCGCUCAGACCGAGUCCAAGUUGGAAUUAUUUGGCUUUGACUCCCUUGUAAACAUUUUAGGGCUUAAAAGCAUGACAGGUGAUCAGAUUCCAGCACCUUCAAGUCUUAGAGAUGGAGAAGAUGCAACUAUUCCUCUGGGACGUUCCAAGACCACAGGUAUCAAAUCUGGAACAAUGAUGGGGGUGUUCGUGCCUUGCUUGCAAAACAUAUUGGGAAUCAUCUACUAUAUCAGAUUUACGUGGAUUGUAGGUAUGGCUGGGAUAGGUGAGUCCUUGUUGCUCGUUGCCUUCUGCGGUUCAUGUACUUUCCUUACAACAAUAUCUUUGAGUGCUAUUGCAACAAAUGGCGCAAUGAAGGGUGGGGGACCUUAUUACCUAAUUGGUCGUGCCUUAGGUCCAGAGGUUGGAGUUAGCAUUGGGCUUUGCUUUUUCCUCGGAAAUGCUGUUGCCGGUGCCCUUUAUGUGUUGGGAGCUGUGGAGACCUUCCUGAAUGCUGUGCCAAGUGCAGGACUUUUUAGAGAGACGGUCACAAAAGUAAAUGGAACGGCUGUUGCGGAGCCCAUUACAGCUCCGAGUUUACAUGACUUGCAAAUUUAUGGGAUUAUUGUGACAAUCAUCUUGUGUUUCAUAGUCUUUGGUGGCGUAAAAAUGAUAAAUCGAGUUGCACCGGCCUUUCUCAUACCUGUUCUAUUCUCGUUGGUGUGCAUAUUUAUGGGGAUACUUUUGGCAAGGAAGGAUAAACCUGCAGGAAUCAUGGCAGGUUCAAAUCGUUCUGCAUCACUCAAGGACACUCAACGUUCCAUUCCCAUUGGGACAUUAGCUGCAACUUUGACGACAUCAGGUUUAUAUAUUAUUUCGGUGCUAUUCUUUGGAGCCCUUGCAACAAGGGAGAAACUUUUGACUGACAGGUUACUUACAGCUACAGUUGCGUGGCCUUUCCCUGCUAUCAUUUAUAUUGGUAUUAUCCUCUCAACCUUAGGUGCAGCUCUUCAGAGCCUGACAGGUGCUCCACGUCUACUUGCAGCUAUAGCCAAUGAUGAUAUCCUGCCUGUUCUCAACUACUUCAGAGUGGCAGAGGGGAGUGAGCCUUAUGUUGCUACUCUCUUUACUGCCUUCCUCUGUAUUGGAUGUGUUGUAAUUGGCAAUUUGGACCUUAUCACCCCUACCGUAACUAUGUUUUACCUUCUGUGUUAUGCGGGUGUCAACUUAUCAUGCUUUCUUUUGGAUCUGCUGGAUGCUCCCAGUUGGCGUCCACGGUGGAAAUUUCACCACUGGAGCCUCUCUCUUCUUGGGGCAUUACUGUGUAUAGUGAUCAUGUUUCUGAUUUCUUGGUCAUUCACUGUGGUGUCUCUAGCCUUGGCGAGCCUCAUAUAUUACUAUGUGAGCAUCAAGGGGAAAGCUGGGGACUGGGGUGAUGGUUUCAAGAGCGCAUAUUUUCAACUUGCUCUUCGUAGUCUACGAUCUUUGGGAGCAAGUCAGGUACAUCCAAAGAACUGGUACCCUAUUCCCCUUGUAUUCUGCCGGCCAUGGGGCAAGUUGCCUGAGAACGUUCCCUGCCACCCUAAACUUGCUGAUUUUGCAAACUUCAUGAAGAAAAAGGGCAGGGGAAUGUCCAUAUUUGUUUCUAUCCUUGAUGGGGACUACCAUGAGCGAGCUGAGGAUGCCAAGGAAGCCUGCAAAGCACUUAGUACUUACAUUGACUACAAGAGAUGUGAAGGUGUUGCUGAGAUAGUUGUUGCCCCCAGUAUGUCGGAUGGCUUCCGAGGCAUUAUUCAGACCAUGGGCCUUGGCAAUCUGAAGCCCAAUAUUGUGGUAAUGAGGUACCCUGAAAUAUGGCGCCGGGAAAAUUUAACCGAAAUACCAGCCACAUUUGUGGGAAUAAUAAAUGACUGCAUUGUUGCAAACAAGGCAGUUGUUAUCGUCAAGGGUCUUGACGAGUGGCCUAAUGAGUACCAAAGACAGUACGGUACUAUUGACUUGUAUUGGAUUGUCCGAGAUGGUGGACUUAUGCUUCUUCUCUCUCAACUCCUCCUUACGAAGGAGAGCUUUGAGAGUUGCAAGAUACAGGUGUUCUGCAUUGCUGAGGAGGAUUCUGAUGCAGAGGAACUCAAGGCUGAUGUAAGGAAGUUUCUCUACGAUCUACGGAUGCAAGCUGAGGUAAUUGUAAUUUCCAUGAAAUCAUGGGAUGCCAACUCGGAACAACAAGAUGAAUCAUCGGUGGAUGCAUUCGCUGGUGCCCAGCAUAGGAUUUCUAGUUAUUUAUCAGGCAUGAAGGAGAAAGCUCAGAAAGAAGGCACGCCUCUUAUGGCUGAUGGAAAGCCUGUUGUUAUAAACGAGCAGCAGGUCGAAAAAUUUCUUUUUACCACCUUAAAGCUUAAUUCCACAAUACUGAAAUACUCGAGAAUGGCUGCAGUCGUGCUCGUGAGCCUUCCACCACCACCUCUCAACCAUCCGGCUUAUUUUUACAUGGAGUACAUGGACCUAUUGGUUGAAAACGUGCCAAGGCUUUUGAUUGUCCGAGGAUAUCGUAAAGAUGUUGUCACUUUGUUCACAUAG